UCUGUUGGCAGAAUGCCUUAUCGGUAUCGAUUAUCGAGUGCUAGCGUUAACAUUUCAUCAUAUCAAGUCACAUCUAUAUGUAAUAAACGCGAUUCAACGCCGUCAAGUUAUGGGUGGUUCAAUAUAAGCCCUUUCGUUUGUUUCGAUGAUGGACAGCAAUCUAACCGAGCGAGGGGCCAAGCCAAGAACCAAUAGAAAUCAACAGCAGCGCAGCAGCCAAACCACCCAUCGAGUUGUGCGAAAGGUUCCGCCGCGUGCUGCCAACACCGACGGAAGCAAUAUUUACAUUACAAGCAAAACAGACUUUAAGGCACAACAGAAACGAUGCGAAGAUCUACUGAACUCGGGUGCUAAGGAGAUCUAUUUGCACUGCAUGGGCUAUUCCAUUACACGAGGUAUCAACUUGGCACUGCGUCUCAUCCAGAACUCGGAGGGGGCACUCAGCUACGCAAUUAACACGUCCACCAUACAGCUGGUGGAUGAACUGCAUCCACUUUGUGAUGAGGACGACAUAACAUUUCGCAAGCGCAACAAUUCCGCCUUGCACAUUAAGAUCUACAAUAGCAGCCUCUUCGAUAUUGUCGUACCCAAGCUGCCAGCGCAGCCCGGCUACACAACCACCACCAAUAAACAGCAACAGACGUACCGCAAGCCCCAGCAGCACCACCAGCAACGUCAGCAGCACCCGCAGAAACAGCAGCAGAAACUAAGCAAUCCACAACAAAAGUAACAACGAUAUCAUGUUCAAAUUAUCGGAGCUUGUGCGUUGGCUUGGCCUAACAGAGUUUGAGAUAUUGGUAAAUCUGUGUGGCCUGCUGGUGUUCACCAUAGCGCUCGCCUUAAAGAUUGCUGGCACAUUCAACAACGUGUUCCCCGAACUGUUGUGCGACUGGUUUAGCAUAUUCAGUCCGCUGUUCUUCAUCGAUAUUUGCAAUGCGUAUUUCUGCGUCAUCGUUGGCAUUCGCAUGUACCUCGACGCGGAAAACAAGCGCAAGGCCCUGCAUCGGUUCAUGUGGAGCACAUAUUUCCUCGUACUUAUCGCCAUCUUUAAAUAUCUGUUGUGCCUCAAACUGUCGGGCAAAACGGGUCUCGAGUACAGCGAAGUCUUUUCGCCCAUCUUCGUGCUGCUGCAAUUGGUUGCAGUGCGCGCCUGCCAGCUGCCUAACUCUAUUUAAAAACUGAAAAUUGUAAACUGUAUAUCUAUAUGUAUAUCCAUGAGAAAUUAUGCCUAUGAUUUAUUUUAUGUAUUAUUGUACGCAAGUUGUGAACAUAGAAAUACAUACAAAGUUUUUUGUAUAA